AUGAGUUAUGUUAUAGUGCUAACAAUUACCAUUGUCUGCCUCUUGUACCUACUCUAUUGCAUUGCUUCCUUAAUUUUCAGGCUAUCUAGCGGCCCGCCGAGAAACUAUCAGUACCUCGUCAUCAUAUACAGUGGCAGUAGUUCAAAGGCCCUAUCCAACAAAACUGUGAAAGUGACUUUGAUGGGCACCCUAGGUGUUCUUACCCCCUUCCUGAUCGACAGUCGGGCGGUUCGAUCGCAGACCCAGCGAGAAAUUUUAAAUAGAAAUCGGCCUGAUGUCUUUUUGAUUAAUAGCGAAAGAGACCUCAGCCACGUCAACAUCGAGCUCUUGUCAUUUGAACAAGAUGAACUAUGGUAUGUAAAGUAUGUUACGGUGAUCGAUUUGAUGUAUCACAAAUGGUGGUAUGUACCCUGUGAUAAGUGGAUAACUGCUAUGAGCAGGAGGUGCGAUCAGAAGAAAUUUAUGAUCAAUAGUGAAUUUUCUGCCAGUUUUUGGUACCAGAACAUGGGUAUUUGUUUGAAGGAAUUCCACAUGUGGUUGGCCCCAUUCACGUCAUCAUUAUUCUCCACAAAUUUCCUGAAUAGCACAUCCCUACUUUUGGGUCUCGUCCUAUUGUCCGUCACCAUCUUGACUUCCGUCUCUAUUUAUAGAUCGUCCUCGACUAGUGAGAAGCAAGUUGGGGAAAGCGAGAGAUGGGAAUAUCCGGAUGUUUCCGAGUCAGCCAUAAUUACGCUGAUAGUGCUGUUGCUGUCCUUCGGGGUUGCUACGGUUCAACUUACUCUGAGAUGGUUUUCAACGUCAACGAACGCCUUCCUCUGCCGAUAUUUUCAUAUUUGUAUUCUCACGAAAUAUCCAUUACGUUUGUCGAAACGUCAUCUCAAUAGGUUAAACAUAACCAACAACACGACCACAUUCGCUGACGAUGUUAAUAACAGCUUAAGACUUAAAAGUUGCCUAAAAAAAUCGGAAUUUAAUUCCGAUUCCGAUACUUUACCGAUAGUCUCGUUAUGCAGCGAAGAUGAAAUCAAUCUGACAACGUCCAGAAAUACCGUUAUAAACUCUUCGACCAAGUAUUCAAACCCUUACAAAAGUCUACUAUUUAAUUUCAAUGAUUUCAAUUCGCAACUCCAAGGCGAUGGAGCUGGAGAUGAGAGGAAUAAUUGUAGAAAUGAUGAUGUCAAUGACACUGGCGAUAGUGAUUAUUGUAAUAAUAACGGUACCAAUAAUAACUGUAUCGAUAAUACCGAUAUGAAAGGUAGAUGUAAUAACGGUAAUAAUAACGAUACCAGUAUAUUAGACAUAAACGAUAACAAUAAUAAUGACAGCUAUAGAAAAAGUAGAAAUCAUAACGAUACUUAUAACGAUACUAAUAUAACAGAUAAAAAUAAUAACGAUACUAAUAACGAUACCAGCAUAAUAGAUAGAAUUGACGAUGUGUGUACGCCAGAUGCCAAAACGUUGCUAAUACCGAUGCCAAAUCCUAAUAUUAAUCUGAUUGAUGACUCAUUUAGAGAUAAUAUUUCAUUAAUAAAUAAGAAAAAUAGUAAUAAUAAUAAACGUAUCAACAACAAUAAUAAUAGACGCAGUGAUUAUGAUGAUGAUAAUAAUAAUAACAACAACAUAAUAAGCGGAAGCGAAUUCUAUAUAGAUAUCGAAAAUUCUAAAAAUGAUGUCGUUGAAACGUUGCAGAAUAAUUGGAAACAUAUUUGGGAUAAGAAUUUACUGCAAAAAAGCAGUUUACGUCAUCGGGCUAAAUCCAAAAAUACGAAGUUUCUUCAUAAAAAUCAAGAAAGUAAUGUGAAUAAAGUCAGUGUAAGGAGGCGGUAUAGGCUAGAAGGUGAAGUUAUAUGGCUGGUAUCGCAUGUUAUGGAUGGCUAUUUUAGUGGAAAGCUUGAAAGUUCGGCAAAUUUUAACGUAAAUCAGGGCGAAAAACUUAAAAAUUUAGUAAAUUUGAAUGCAAAUUAUGACAAAAAGCUUCAAAUUUUAGUUGAUUUGAACGAAAUUUACGGUAAAAGUAAUGAUAAACAUGGUGAUAAUAGCUUAGAAUUGAGAAAUUUGUUCAAAGAAAGGCUUUAUAAUUUAUGUAAUAGACUAAACAAUAAAAAGGAUGGUAAGAUUUGUGAAAAUGUUGGUGAUUCUAAAGCAGAAAUAACCGGAAUUUGUGUUUCUCAGGAAGUAAAUGUUCAUGAAAUGCUUAAAAAUUUCACAUAUUGCUACGAAAAUUCUUAUCAGAACUUAUCGCAAUCCCAGAAAGUUCUAGCUCAGUAUAUUCUGGAAAAAACCGAAGAGAAUUCGGAAUACUGUUUGAGAUUGAAAUGCUUCAAGUUUUUAAACAAAAAAUUAAACUUUGAUAAACUUCUAAAAGUUAAUGAAGAGAAAUUGAAAUCAAUUUGCCCGGAGUUUUUAAAUCUUAACAGUUUAAAUUUCUCAGAAAAUGAGAUGAAAAUUUUCAAAGAAAAAUUCACCAAACCUGAAACAUUCGACCCGAGUAAGAUUUUGUACAAAGAAAGAUGUCUAACUUUGAAUCAAACAUUUUUGGAUUCGGUUGCAGAUGUGUGUUUCAGAGAACACUUUACAAAGUUUUCAUUAAAAAAUCUUAAAAAUAUAACGUCAAAUACACCAAAAAGCUUGAUAGUAGAUGAUUUUUACAAGUUAUCUUUAGAAAAAUUAUCAUCUGUCCUAGUGUGGUAUGUUAGUACAUGUAUUAGAAGCGUGUUGGAUGAAAGCGAAAGGUUAUUGAGCGAGAACAAAGAGCUGAAUUACCAAAAAAUUCACGACAAUUUCGCUACAGAAUUUUUUCCUUCGCUAAUGGAAUCCUGUCUCGCUAUUCUUUCAAAAUGUUUUAAAGAUAUAGAUAAAAAUAAAUUUUUACUAGAAAGUUCUAUCUAUGGUAUCUAUUACACGAACCUGUUACUGAACCUGGCGGUGCUAAGGCUUCACGUAACCAUCGAGAAAACGAAUUUUUGCGUUUUGAGGGCACAUGAAUCUGACAAAAGUGACGAAGUUGACGUGAGAAAUUUGAAAUUUACAAAUUUCAUGAAGAAGUUGUUCAAAGUGGAUGACUUUUCAAUCAUCGAUCCUCAAUUCCUCGUUAGGUUGAGGUGUCUUGGCAUUGAUUAUUUGUUUUACAAAGAUUCACUGGGAAUGUUCAGCAAAAAGCCGAUUUUGAGUAGCCACCUAGGAAAAUUAACCAAACUCGAUCUACUGAAACGAGUUUUUCAUAAUGUUUUAAUAGUAAAUUUACUAAAGAACGGCGUAACUAUAUCGAAAGUGAUCGAUGUUUCAUCGAUGUCCGAAGUUAUUUGGGAUUUAUUCAUCAAAAAAGUUAAAAGAUACGUGAAGCUUUUUGUGGAAGUUAUCCAGCGGAAUGUGGCAGAGAUGGGCACGAAACAACUUCACAAGAUAAGCAAGGAGUUAAGAUCAAACAUGAAAAAUGACGUUUUUUCUGACCAAUAUAGUUAUCAUGAUAGAAAUAUAAAUCUCAAUAUUAUUAACACUCUUGAAAAACGAAAUAAGACAUAUCCGAAGAUGACGAAGACGAUGUUAAAUUUCCUGACUGGUGAAAUUGAACAUACUGCCGUGAAGUUCGCAGUCGAAAGUUCGGCACUGGAGGUGGCGGACCUUUGCGAGUUGUCCUCUCAGCCAUCCCCACUGGUUGAGUUGGUGAAAGGGAAAGAUGAAAAUAAUAACAGGAAUAAUAAUAAUAGCAAUAAUAAUAAUAGGGUGAAUAAUAAUAAUAAUAAUAAUUCCUUUGAGGAUGAUUCUAAAAAUACUAAAGCGUAUGCUGGUGGUGGUAAUUGGAGCUUGAAAGUGCGAGUGAAAAAGUUUAACAAAAACGUCCUAAGAGAUUUUAUGAAAUUAAAAUCCGAAAUACACCAUCACAUCGGUUCGGUCAUGAUGAACUUCUCCACCGCUAACAACAACAACAAAAAUAAUAACAACAUCAACAAAAAUAAUAACAACAAUAAUAAUAAUAAAAUUAUUCCUUCCAUAAGUGACGAUACUAACGACUGUAAUAAUCAUGAUGAUAACGAUGAUGAUGAUGACGAUGAUGAUGAUGACGAUGAGGAUGUUCCGAACAAUAAUAACAACCUAAUGGGAUUGACGCCAGUGCCAUCUAUCUCGAAUAUUAAUUCAAAAACAAAUGGCGCGGAAAAGAUGAAAUGCGCGCGAAAUUUAAACGAACGUACGGAUGAAAAUGUAAUUGGUGACGACGAAGACGACGACGAUGAUGGUGGUUGUGAUGAUGAUGACGAUGGUGGUGGCGGGGGUGGUUAUGAUGAUGAGGAUGGUGGUGGUGGUGGUUGUGAUGAUGAGGAUGGUGGUGGUGGUGGUUGUGAUGAUGAGGAUGGUGGUGGUGGUGGUUGUGAUGAUGAGGAUGGUGAUUAUGGUGGUAAUGACGGUGGCUAUGGGGGUAAUGAUGGUGGUUAUGGGGGUAAUGAUGAUGAUGAUGAAGAAGAAGAAGUUGCUGGUGAUGACGCAACCGAAUGCGGAUCUAAGAAAAAUGAGGAAGAAGAAGAUGAUGAUGAUGAAGAAGAAGAAGAUGAAAAAGAUGAUAAUUAUAAAGAUGAUGAUGAGAGUAGGGAACGCAUUGGAGAUGAACAAUGGCGUGUUAGGGACGUUGGCAAAGAAGAUUUCAAGAGAGAAUUAAUAAAAACAAAACCACAGCAGGCACGCAGUAGCGAAAGAUCCGAUCCAGACAUCAAAAUCGGUGCUUUAAAAAUGUCCAAUUCCAGAUUGGCCAACUCCAAGAACGUUUCUAAAGUCAGAAAGGUUCACAGAAGCGGUAGGCAUCAUAAUGUAGAAUCACAAACCAUUGCACGAGAUGUCGUUGCAAGUAAUGAUGGUGACGACGACGGGGAUGGCAAUAAAGAUAGGACGAUUCAAUUGAACGACGACAAGCAGUUCUGUAUUAACACGCCUUCAGCCUCAGAAAUGUUAUCUAUGUCCAAUGCCGGAUAUAAAAAUUGCACCAAAAUUAACUCGGUGACGUCAUCAGCAACAACUCAUGAGCAUACUCUCGCCUCUGACGGUAACGAUGAAGAAUAUCGCCGCCAUUUUGAGUGUGAUAUGACGUCACACGUAGCUAUCAAAGAUCAUAAAUCAGCACAAGUUCAACAACGACGAAAUGACGCUAACAUCAACGAAUGUCACGUUAAACAAAUAACUAACAACAUGCUCGGCGGUGACGCAAACACGCCAAAGAAUAAUAAAACAAACAUUUUGAAAACUUUGGGCGAUAAUUCAGAGAGCGACAAAAAAGUGUGCAAUUUGUGGGCCUUUGAGCACCCAACGCAAAACUUCAAGCAAGUCAAACCCAACCUAAGAACAACCAAAUCUUCGAAAUACCUUCAAGAUAAGAAGGACACGCUAGAAAAUGUCAGAAUCAUUCUAGCCAAUGAGAAGCGACGCGUCGAUUUUAACAAGAUGGCGGAAGAGGGCUUGUUUGACCCCGUUCAACCUGUCAAAGUUCACGUUGACACCCUCAUGCCCCGGGAGAAACUCGAUGGGAGUGGAAGAUCUACGCCAUCAGCAUCGAACCCCACCGACCACCCCGCCUCUGAUUACGAGGCACGUAGCGACAGGACGACAACAACAUCAGCAGACGAAACGUCUGAUGCGUCUGAAGUCCCAAGUGAAAUAGUACCAACUGUUGCCACUACUACUGAAGCUACUACUGAUAAAAAUCAAGAUGGCCGCCACCGUCAUUUUGUCGAUGUUGCUGCUGCUGCUGAUGAGGAUGAAGAUGAUGAGGAUGGAGAUGAAAAUGAAUCCAAACACGCCUCUAAUGAACAAUUCUCGGACGAAAAAAUUAAGACUUUGGUAAAAAAUAUCGACUCCCAGAUGAAGAACUUCAACCAGUAUGAUGACGACAAUGAGGACGCCAGUGAAGCGGCUGUCGCUAACGAAAGAAACAUGCCGACGGCCUCUGAAUCGAACGUAUUUGAGAAGUACGACUUGAGAGAGCGAGAAGCGUUCAGGUGCUACGAUUCAGUUGACAACUUCUCAGUGCACCUAGGCUCGGACACGUCGCUAAGUAACCUAAGAAUGAACGUCUGCCCGACUUCUGCAGCCUUUGUGGCCCUACUCUUUAUAUUUGGCGUUUGCUGUGGCAUGAUCUCAAUAAGUUUGGCGGUGGGCAAUCAACUGCCCGAAGGUCCGUCUUUGAUCUGCCUGUACACUAUACUGUGCGCUAUUAUUGUCCAGGGCCUUGUUAUCGAGACCAUCAAGAUUUUGGUCAUUUCCUUCUACUUCACUGCUGUAGCUAAGAGGAUGGCUUUCUUGUGA